UUAAUCCUGAACCUAUUACAGGGUACUGAUUCAUUGGUUUUAUGUAUACUGAACAAAAAUAUAAACGCAACAUGUAAAAUGUUGGUCCCAUGAUUCAUGAGCUGAAAUAAAAGAUCCCUGAAAUGUUCCAUAUGCACAAAAAAAAAACGUAUUGCUCUCAAAUGUGUUAACACCCUAGUUAGCGAGCAUUUCUUCUUUUCCAAGAUAAUCCAUCCACCUGAUAAGUGUGCCAUAUCAAGAAGCUGAUUAAGCAACAUGAUCAUUACACAGAUGCACCUUGUGCUGGGGACAAGAAAAUGCCACUCUAAAAUUUGAAGUUUUGUCACACAACACAAUGCCACAGAUGUCUCAAGUUUUGAGGGAGCAUGCAAUUGGCAUGCUGACUUCAGGAAUGUCCACCAGAGCUAUUUCCAGAGAAUUCAAUGUUCAUUUCUUUAGCAAAAGCCGCCUCCAACAUUGUUUUAGAGAAUUUAGCAGUACGUCCAACCGGCCUCACAACCGCAGACCAUGUUUAACCACGCCAUCCAAGUCCUCCAUGUCUGGCUUCUUCCUCUGUAACUUACUAAAAUCAUUGAAAUUGUUGCAUGUUGCAUUUUUAUUUUUGUUCAGUAUAUUUUCAGUUUUUUCCUUAUUCAUUUUUUGAUUUGUCAUCUAAAAACCGCUGAUUGCCAUCAUACUUUCUCCUCCCACAUAUUAAACCCUGAUAAUAAUGUAGUGAAUACAGAGACAGAGACACGCUCCUAGGUCUGUCAAGGGUGCUAAUCCCCUGUCUACCUCCUCCCACCACUCCGAUAAUCUGAUUAGCAGACGCUGCUGUCUGGUUAACUGACUAAUCCCUGUAGUCCUCAAUCAGGGAAACACACACCCUGUCUUCUGUUUCUAUACACCAAUUUGUUUUCUAUUAGUUUAAGAAUAGCAUACAUUUCUCUGGACACACACAGAGUGGUAGUGGUACAUGGUUGUAUUGGGCCACAAUGCCUGUGUUCUACUCCCCCAUACCCCAGAACCUCCGGAUGGGCCUGGCCUCUGUCGGUGGAUCCGUGUUCACUAACAACAGGACAGGGGACUUUAGCAGUGACUACAACAAGGACCAUGAUGAUAAAACAGUCAAUGAGUUGGUGUCUCACCUACCUCUUCAGAUGAUCCUGUACUUCAACAUAUUCUAUUUCCCAUGCUGGUGGGUCUCUGCUGUUCUCAUGCUGGAUCUAAAGUUGUAUUACCUGCCUGGGUACUACCAGGCUCUACUUGUGACUGGAGUGGUUCUGCUUACCAUCUGUGAAAUCACCAGGCUCUAUCUGGGCUAUAUCGGAAACCUCAAAGAGAAGGUGCCAGAGCUGGCUGGGUUCUGGCUGAUAUCCUUCCUGUUCCAGCUGCCCAUUCUACUCUUCUUCCUGACUGACGAGGACAUCAUCAUCCUCCCUCUGGAGAGGGCCGUCCACUCCAUCUACCUCCUCUUCAUCCUCUCAGAGCUCCUGGCUUCCUUCUUCGCCCUCAGGGCCAUGACCAGGAAGUUAACCCUGCUGUUCCACCUCAGGCAGUUUGGGGAGGUGGAAAACCUUCAUCACCUCCACCAUCACCACCUCCACAUAGCGGGAAAGAGCCCAGCCUUCGGCAUGCCAUAUUAUGGGAGGACUGUUCUGCCCAUGCCACCACACACCAAUAACGUUCACAGUCACUGAUAGAGCACAGAGAGACAACCAGGAACACUGUGACUGGGAUGGAUGGGACUGGGAGAUGGGGUAUGAUCUGAAGUUAAAGGCGUAGGGGUGAAUAGUUUAAUGUGGAAGAGAGUUCUUGUGAAUACAGCCUUGAAAUGAUUUUCCAAAGAGGGCGGAAGCUUUUGAAGUGUUCCAUGAUGUUCAACAUAUAAUGCUGGAUUUUGUGAUCUUUGUCAAAAGAUGAGUUGAUGCACUGUUUUAUAAUUGUUGUGUUUUCAUUUCUAGAUAUAAAACACGUGUAAAAAAUAUUACUGGACACCGGUAGUAGUGAUGGUCAUAACAUAUUAGAACCACAUGGUGGCACUAAAUGGCCAUGAGAGGGGUUAGUAAUAAACUGAAAAGUGUUGCAAAGUCCCAAUUUGUAAGGCAGAAUAAUCACAAACUGUCAUGCUGCACAGAUACGGGUUAGAGAGCCUUUCUGAUUGUCUAUACAAGUGAAGCUUGUCAGGAGC